AGCCGGUCUGUGGCUCCGUUUUUGCUGUCCUGGUGCUGAGCAGCCAGCGCUGCUAGGGACCAUGCUUCCCGUCUGGGUGACAAGCUCCCUCUAUCAACAUCGACAUCUUGAGUGCAUCUCGGGGGCUGGGGAGGUAGGUGCGGGCUAGGUGUCAGCCGAAUCUCGACCUUGCCGUCAGCUACUUGCGCGGAGCCAGCGUAUGGCGCCAAUCGAAAGGAACAAGCCGAGGCCCAACUGGUCGAGAUUUAACAAGGGGAUCGCGUCUCGCGCAGCAGCAGCGAUCAAUACGUACGGGGAUACAAGGCAGUUGAGUGCAGCAUUGGGCGUGCUUCAAGAUGUUUCGCGGAAGAGCACGGGACUUAGCACGGUCUUGUACACGGUCACAAUCAACGUGUGCCGGAAGUGCGGUCAGUGGCAGCAGGCCGUGUCAUUGCUCAGCGAGUUGAUAGAGGUGGAGCUGGAGCCCGACGCGGUCUGUUACAAUGCUGCCAUAAGCGCGUGUGAAAAAGGCGGGCAUUGGCAGCAGGCGCUGUCACUGCUCAGCGAUCUAUGCAACGCAAGUUUGGAAGCGGACGUGGUCAGCUACAGUGCCGGAAUCAGCGCGUGUGCGAACUGCGGGCAGUGGCAGCAGGCGCUUCUAUUACUCGACGAGCUGCUUGGAGCCAACCUAGAUGCCGACUUGAUUAGUUUCGCUGCAGGAAUCAGCGCGUGCGAGAGAGGCGGACAGUGGCAGCAUGCAUUGUUCUUGUUUAGCGAGUCGUUGGAAGCGAGACUGAAACCGAAUGUUAUCAGCUACAGUGCCGCAAUCAGCGCGUGCGAAAAAGGCGCCCAGUGGCAACACGCGUUGUCUUUACUGAACGAGUUGUGGAAUGCGAGGUUGGAAGCCGACACGAUCAGCUGCAGUGCUUGCAUCAGCGCGUGCGACAGUAGCGGGCAGUGGCAACAUGCCAUAGCGUUGUCGAAGCGUUUGCUGGAGUCAACGUUGGAGCCGACAGUUAUCAGCUACAGUGUCGGAAUUAGCGCGUGCGAGAGCGGUGGACAAUGGCAGCAAGCAUUGUUGUUUCUCAGGGGGUUGUGCAAUGCGAACCUCGAGGCUGACCUAAUCAGCUAUGUUGCGGGAGUAAGUGCGUGUAAUUGGUGUGGGCAGUGGCAACAUGCAUUGAACGUGUUCGACGAGUUAUUGCGAUCGAGGUUGCCGAUGAACACUGCUGGCUACAGUGCUGGCAUCAGCGCGUGUGAGAAAGGUGGCCAGUGGCAGCAGGCGUUGUCAUUGCUCAGACAGCUGUUGGAAGUAAACCUGCAGGCGGAUGUGGUGAGCUAUAGUGCUGGCAUCAGCUCGUGCGGGAAAAGCGGGCAGUGGAAGCGGGCGCUGUCGCUGCUCAGCGAGCUGUGCGAAAGGAAUCUGGAGGCGGAUGCAGCCAGCUACAGCGCUGUAAUCAGCGCGUGCGAGAAGGGUAGGCAGUGGCAGCAGGCACUGUCAUUACUGAGACAGAUGUUGGAGGUGAGUUUCGAACCAACCGCCAUGAGCUACAACGCUGGAAUCAGCGCGUGCGAGAAAUCCUGGCAGUGGCAGCGCGCACUGUCGCUGUUGAGGGAGCUGAGGGCAGCAAGAGUUGAGCCAACCCUAUCCAUCAGCUACAACGCUGGGAUCAGCGCGUGCGAGAAAGGUGGGCAGUGGCAGCAGGCAUUGUCGUUGCUUUGUGAGGUGUGGCUAGCGAGAGUUCAUCCAGAUGUCAUCACGUACAACGCAGGAAUCAGCGCAUGUGCGAAGAGCGGGCAAUGGCAGCUAGCGAUGUCGCUGCUGCAGGGGAUGCGUGAAACAAAGGUGGAAUUGGACUUGAUCAGCUACAACGCUGGAAUCAGUGCGUCUGAGAAGUGCGGGCAGUGGCAGCGCGCACUGUCGCUGCUCUGCGAAAUGCGGGAUGUAAGGCUGGAGCCGGACGCGAUCACCUACAAUGUUGGACUGAGCGCGUGCGAGAAAGGCGGUCAAUGGCCUCUGGCGUUGUCGUUGCUACGGGCGUCAUGGGAUGCACAGCUCGUGCCAACAGUCAGCAGCUACAGCAGCGGGGUUCGCUCGUUCGAGGUAGCUGGUCUCUGGCAGCAGGCGCUGUCGCUGCUGUGGGAGCUGAGGGGAGCCAAUUUAGAAUUGAAUGUCGAUUGUUACAACGCUGGCCUAAGCGCAUGUGCGAAGGGUGGGCAGUGGCAGUUGGCAUGGUCGCUGCUGUGCCAACUGAGGGAGUUGGCGUUGAAGCCAAGCGCCAGCAGCUACAACGCUGGAGUCAGCGUGUGCCAGGCUAGCAGAGAGUGGCAGGACAUGCUGGCGUCUGUCGGCGAGUUCUAGUCGGCUAAGCUAGCUCGUGCCAUUUUGAGACGGUGCCAGUAUCCAGCGCGUGCGAGUUCACGGGCAACGGCAGUCGUUUCAGUUACCCCUCUUGAGCUGUGGAGGACGCAUGCGAAACCAGCCGUCUUGGUUAUCCCAUCGCGAUGUCAUGUGUGUGGAGCCUCGGGCCAGUCGUCUUCCAGGAGCACGCGGCGUUCAAGCUGUCGCUUUCGGGCGGCCGACGUCGGACGCCCAGCCUCGACAUCGCGGAGUUCUCGGCCGUUGGUGCCCUGUCAGCGCCUGGCGUUCGGGCGGGCGCAGUGGUCAUGGAUCUCCUUAAGCGCCGCUGCCGGAGAACAGAGCGCCCCGCGUUCCACUGGCCAUGCCAGGCGGGGCCAGCCGACGGUGACGCGUCGACUUGGCCACCCUUGCGGCAGGCCGCCUCGGCGAUCGGCGGUCUCGGGCAGGUGCCGCGGGUGCUGGGUGGCGAGCCGCACGCGAUCGCACGCCUUCCGGUGCCGAACAGUGGG